AAAUCAUAAAGCCCUACAUUCUUAGUUCCUCUAAGCCCUACAUUCUUGGUUCCCUAGCAACUCUCUCUCUCUCUCUCUCUCUCUCUCCCUCUCUGAGCUUUCGGAAGAACGCUCGUGCUGCAUCGAUCCGUGAUCACUGAUCAGAGUAGGCGUUUUUCCGUUAAGCCAUGGCUCUGGUUUUGCAUGCUGGGAAAACAAACAAAAAUGCUUUCAAGACACUCAUUACUGCGGAGUACUCUGGCAUCCAAGUUGAACUGGCUCAGAACUUCGAGAUGGGUGUGACGAAUAAAACUCCCGAGUUUAUCAAGAUGAAUCCCAUUGGAAAGGUUCCUCUGCUGGAAACACCUGAUGGUCCUAUAUUUGAGAGCAAUGCAAUAGCACGAUAUGUUACUCGACUGAAGGCCAACAAUCCUCUUUAUGGUUCUUCUCUAAUUGAAUACGGACAAAUUGAACAAUGGAUUGACUUUGCAUCUCUAGAGAUUGAUGCUUAUACUUCGAAAUGGCUAGGGCCUAGAAUGGGGCUUGCUGUACACCUUCCUCCAGCCGAGGAAGCUGCAAUUUCUGCGCUGAAGAGAGCACUGGCUGCUUUGAACACACAUCUUGCUUCAAACACUUACCUGGUUGGUCAUUCUGUGACCCUGGCUGACAUUAUCAUGACAUGUAAUUUGUACCUGGGAUUCAGUCGGAUAAUGACGAGGAGCUUUACCUUAGAGUUUCCACAUGUUGAGAGAUAUUUCUGGACCAUGGUUAAUCAACCAAAUUUCAGUAAGAUACUGGGCAAGGUAAAGCAGACAGAAUCUGUUCCCUCUGUUCAAUCUGCAAGAAAGUCUUCCCAGCCAAAAGAACCUGCAAAAUCUAAGCCCAAGGAUGAAGCAAAGAAAGAAGCCAAAAAAGAAGUCCAGAAAGAGUCGGAAAAACCCAAAGUCGAAGAAUCUAAUCAAGAAGAAGAGGCACCCAAGCCUAAAGCCAAGAAUCCUCUUGAUCUGUUGCCUCCAAGCAAGAUGGUACUGGAUGAGUGGAAGAGGCUCUACUCAAAUACCAAAACCAACUUUCGUGAGGUUGCAAUUAAAGGAUUCUGGGACAUGUAUGAUCCUGAGGGAUACUCUCUCUGGUUUUGCGAUUACAAGUACAAUGAUGAGAACACGGUGUCGUUUGUCACACUGAACAAGGUCAGUGGAUUUCUUCAACGAAUGGACCUGGCUCGCAAGUAUGCGUUUGGCAAGAUGCUAGUGAUUGGUUCAGGACCCCCGUUCAAGGUGAAAGGGCUGUGGCUUUUCCGUGGGCCGGAGAUACCACAAUUUGUGCUUGAUGAAUGCUACGACAUGGAACUUUACGAUUGGAAAAAGGUUGACAUAUCAGAUGAAGCCCAAAAAGAGCGCGUCAACCAGAUGAUUGAAGACUAUGAGCCAUUUGAGGGAGAGCCUCUUUUGGAUGCAAAAUGCUUCAAGUGAUUUAACCCCUCUACUGUCAAUUAGCAUAAGGUCUUCCCUUUUUUAUAUAAAGAAAAAUUUCUUUACCCCCCUGAUGACCCUGACCAUUUUUAGAUCUACCUGUUCAAGCAUGUUCACAUUAUUAUUCUGUUUUAGAAAAUAUGGGGAUUAGUAUUUGUAAUUGGGGUCACUAUAAAUUAUUAUUAUUAUUGAUAUACACAACAACAUCCUGUUUUAAAUAUGUAGAAAGAAACUGGUGCCCACCUGAGGCAGGAUGGAUGUUGGAUGGGGUGAUUUAAAGGACGGAAAUUAUUGGUCCCAUGGAUUGGUAUCUAAUGCUGUGUUGUUUUAGAAAGAAGUGUAGAAUAGAAUGAUGGAAAGUUAUUCUAUCAA